AUGACAUCCGAUGUACAACCGCUUUGGACAUUGUUCAGAAGAACCGCGGUGAAUCCUCUCAUCAUAUCUUCCCUCGGUCUAUUUCUAUACGGUCUUUACAUCCUCCUCUUCCGUAUUUCCCUUGUACUACUCCGAAAGCGGGGGAAAACCCGAGGACAUUCAUUCCAUCGAGUUUCUCUGACGACUCUUUUUGUUCUUGCUUCCAUCGGAGUCCCGUUAGGGAUGAUGUUUGAUCUGCUUGUCGUGGCAGGGUCGUUUUGGGAACUUGCACGGCCGGGGUUGGAGUUUCCGUUCCCGUUGGAGCGUUUACAACUUGUUCUUCAGAUCACUCGAUAUUUGAUACUCUUUUUUAUGGGAUUUACCGUCGACUGUAUUCUGAUCUUUCGGUGUUAUGUUAUCUUUGGCUAUCGAAGGAGGUUCUUUUUCGUACCUCUCGUUCUCUGUAUCGUCAUUGAUUUGGGAGCCAUAAUCACCGGAAUUUGGGACGCUGUGGAAACGAAGAAGAUUGAGAAUGAUCCGAAUUGGGUUAACCUCCUGGAUAAUAUAGCCAACUCGUUUUUGGGCGCUAGCGCAUUGUUUAAUUUCGUGCUCACGGGUGCGAUAGCUGGUAAAGUUUGGUCAGUCUUGCGUGGGAGUCUUGCUGUGGAUGAAUGGACGAAGAGACGGUUUAAAACGAUUGUUUCUAUUGUGCUCGAAUCGGGAUUGCUGUAUUCACUUACGAUAGCUGUGAUGAUUGUUGGAAAUCUCCUUGGCGCGGAGACGUUUGAUAUUGGAUCGAUUAUGAUGCAGACUUCGGGAAUCGCACCGACGCUUAUGAUUGUUCGUGCCAACAUUAGUCGGGGUCUUGAAGACGAGGAAGAGGAUCAAGACACUCAGUUCAAUCUUAGUACUCGAUUUGGUGUUAGUACUGGAAGCGUUACUGAGCGUGAGGAAGGCAAGUCAGGUGUUAUGGUAUUGACUCGUGAGUCGUAG